GCAUUCAGCACUGCAUUCCCGUCCUCGGGGACUGUUCGGGAGGGGCUCGCCGGUGCAGGGACUUGAUUCUAGACAGGCGUGCUACUGCAGUAUUGCCCCGCGGACAGACUCGUUCGAGCCGCCUCAUCAAGCGCUCUGUUCUGCUCUGCCAACCAAGCACUGUGGAGAAACUGCUCGCCUGGCAUGCGUUCGUUCGCGCCGCAGGGAUAGCGUUUGCGGGAAGUCAGACCCUUCAUCUUGGCCAGUGAGUUUCCGCGUGCGGAUUGGCCUCGCCAAGCUGAGGCCGCGGAUGGAGUGGAGCCGCGGUUUUUCUGCUGUGGCAGGCGAGGCGAGGCGAGGCGAGAGCGGGCUUUUGCGUAGGAGAAUGGCGGGUGGAAGGGUGGGCGACAGCUGCUCUGCAUCCUGCAUCCGUAACGGAUGUCUUACCUACGCGCGGGCAAGGCUCCACUGUUCUCCCCACCCCCGGGGUGCUGAAAGCCGUGUACUGUACAGUAUCUCCGUACGCUGCUCUGUGGAGCGGGAGGCAAGAUCCAAUUUUUCUCCAGACCCACAUUUCAAUGGGCGGUUGGAGUUUGUUGACAUGUGGGACGCGGCUCCGGGUUUGGUUUGCAGUGACGCGCAUUGGAGGGGCGAGCGAGACGCCGUGGAGUGGAUAGAUGCUUCGAACUCAACCACUGCCUUUUCGAGUUUGACAUGUGGCGAUAUGGCUGGGAGAAGUAACCUUAUGAGCCGCGAGGGCGCUAUCGGCCGCCUGAGACCCUGAUCAUCAUAUCCCGCGUCGGAAGCCGCACCUUGAACAGGCUGGUCAGUCUCAGACCCUGAUAGACAGACCUGCUUCUGCUUGUCCCCGCUGUGCAUCUCAGGGUC